UUGAAGAUAUUCACCAAUAAGGAAAUGAUGUUUAAGAAACUCAUCUGUUUCUGCCUGUUGGUAGCGAUGGUUCGCAGCGACACGAAGGAAGAGAUUUCCAAUUCCGUAGAGACAUCUCUCACAACAUCCGGCAACAUGAAACCAACUUUAGAAGAACUAAAGAAACAUGGAACAAACCCAAAACAAAAUGGAAUUUCUCCUCGCUCCUCUGGCUCGCUUUUCGGACUUGGGAUCGGUGCAAAUCUGCUAGGAGUGCAUGCAGGCGCAGGUAUAGGCCACGGCCGUGGAGGCUAUGGUGAUAUGGGCCAAGGGUUUGUUGGCAAACCUGCGGGAGGCCAAUAUCCACAGUAUCCCAUAUACCCAUACCCUUCGUAUGUGCAACCACAGCCAUACUACCUCCCAGCAGCUCGUCUACACCAGUGAACUAACUCAAGGAAUGCCACCAGCAAGACCUCCUACGUGUUACUUUCCCCCUUGCACAUAAAUGUAUUUCAGUUGAAGAACUCACUGGAUAGGGAUAUCCCUACCUACUUCUUUAUUUAGCAUUACUCAAAUAUAUUUUCAUAACAAAGCAUUAAAAAAUAAAUAAAAUACGAA